GAGUCGGGACUGCCCAGGUGGAGCAGGCGCCCCUGCCAACGCGGACCGGCAGGCGCACGGGCAUCGCGGCGGGGACCGCACCGCACGGAUCCGCGCGGGGCAGAGCCGAGCCGCAGCCCCACGCGCCGCCCAGGACACGCUCGUCACCACCACCUCCGCAGCACCCAUGGGGACCAGGAGACUUUAAAGGAGUUUGGGGUCUCGGGAGCAGGGAAAUCACGGAUCCCCGCUUCUGGCCCCGGCCUCGCCGCGUCAUUGAUGGGCAACCAACUGGACCGCAUCACCCACCUUAGCUACAGCGAGUUGCCCACCGGGGACCCGUCGGGGAUCGAGAAGGACGAGCUGCGGGUCGGGGUCGCCUACUUCUUCUCGGAUGAGGAGGAGGACCUGGACGAACGAGGCCAGCCCGACAAGUUUGGCGUGAAGGCCUCCCCGGGCCGCGCUCCCUGCCCGGAGAGCCCUAGCCGUCGCCGCCACCACCACCUGCUGCACCAGCUGGUCCUCAACGAAACUCACUUCUCCGCCUUUCGGGGCCAGGAAUGCAUCUUUUCCAAAAUGAGCGGCGGCCCUCAGGGCGCCGACCUGAGCGUCUACGCGGUCACGGCGCUGCCCGCGCUCUGCGAGCCCGGCGACCUGCUGGAGCUGCUGUGCCUGCAGCCCGCGCCAGAGCCGCCCGCGCCCGCCCCGCACUGGGCCGUCUACGUGGGUGGCGGGCAGAUCAUCCACCUGCACCAAGGCGAGAUCCGCCAGGACAGCCUGUACGAGGCGGGCGCGGCCAACGUGGGCCGGGUGGUGAAUAGCUGGUACCGCUACCGCCCGCUGGUGGCCGAGCUGGUGGUGCAGAACGCCUGCGGCCACCUGGGCCUCAAGAGCGAGGAGAUCUGCUGGACGAACUCGGAGAGCUUCGCCGCUUGGUGCCGCUUCGGCAAGCGGGAGUUCAAGGCGGGAGGGGAGGUGCCGGCCGGCACGCAGACCCCGCAGCAGCAGUACUAUCUCAAGGUGCACCUGGGUGAGAACAAGGUGCACACGGCCAGGUUUCACAGCCUGGAAGACCUCAUCCGCGAGAAGCGCCGCAUCGACGCCAGCGGCCGCCUGCGUGUGCUCCAGGAGCUCGCCGACCUUGUGGACGACAAGGAGUAGCCUGGGGGGAGCCGCCCGCCCCUCCAGUCUCCCCGCGCCCCGCUCCCUCCCCCGCACGCGGGCUUCCAGGCCGGCGAUUCAGCACCCCCCGACCCCCUUGAGUGGCCGCCGGCAGCGGCCAGCGCCCGGGCUGCAGCCUCGCAUCUUUCUGGCAAGUGGCAGGUAGUCCCAGGAACUGGCCCCGGGACUGAAGGGGCCGCGCCCGCCCGGCUGAGACCCCCAGUGGUGAUGCUGGUGUUGGGAGACCCAGCGUGCGCUUGCCCCUUGAGUUGUAAGUGGGGAGAGGAGAACGGGCCUAGGGGAGCAGGGACAAGGCCUCCCCCCAAGAGUCAUUGGUCUAGUGACUUAACACCCGACCUACUAGAAGGGGACCAUCACCGCCCCAAACGUGCACACACAGACCGGUGGGAGGUGAGAAUUGAUCCUUUCAGGGCACAGUUCAGCUCCAGUAUGGAUGUGUCCCCAGACUGCAGGAUUUCCAAGAAAUCGAGCCUGUCCCUCAUGCACUUGUGAAUAAUUCCACUAGGGAUCAAGCACUUCGGGACUCCGGGUUAUCCCGAGGCUGCCCGGGACUUUUUCAGCUCUCCAGUCCCUGGUCUCCUGACAUUGUAUCCCAGGCUCCGGGCUAAGCUAGACAGUGUUUGCUUCCCGUUCUUUCCACCGAGGGAAGCGAACGCCACUCCCCUCCGGCAUUUGCCUGUGAGUCUCCCUUGCUGGCAGAAGGGAUGCCUUCCCGGUCCCCGGAGGAUAAUGGCGCAGCGAAUUUGAUGAGGAGAGCCGGCCCCGCCCCCCGGCCAGGAGAAGGCUCGCCAGGUGUCCGCGAACUUGAAUCUGUGAAAAGGGCGCUUGUUCUCAACCCUAGAUGGCUCCCUCCUUGGGCUGCGUUUCAAAAAUAACCACAGUUUUAAAGGGUUUGGAGGAGACGGAGGGGAAAGACAUGGCAACAUUCCAGAAACCAGCAUUAUUACAGCACCAUAGCCAGUGUAUUUAGUUUGGCUUUUCCUAACACAGAAAUCUCAGAAGGUGGGGAAGUGGAAAUAAAGUCUUAAAAUCGAGAGAGCAGUUGUCCAACUAUGUCAACAAAGCCUAUCGUGUUGAUGUUUUUUUAUUGACCAUUUUAGCAACAUGCUAAUAAAAUUUCAAAUUGAAAUUUUUAUUUUCAUGGCUUUAAUCCAUGAUAGUUUAAAUACUGGGGGCCAUUAAGAGUGGAUUUAGCUAAGAGCUUAGCUAACAUUGCCUUUUCACUCUAUUUUUCUCAAACCUUACGAGAAUUCUGUUUUUGAAUAUUGUAGUUAAUUUUUUGGCUUUAACGGCAGCCCUAGUAAUGGUGGAGUUGUUAAUCCAUGUGUAUAUUGUGCUGACUUUCCGUCAGUUAAGGGGUUUACUGCUUCGUUGGAAAUUGCUAGCAGGUUCCAUGAUGUUAAUUUCUCGAUGUUGUAUACCACUACCAUUCCACAUUCGCAUUUCUAUUUUUCUUCCUCUCCCCCUGAUCUUC